CUGGGAGGUCUUAGAAAUCGUGGGGUGGUGGUGUAUGGUUCGCAUGUGGCCUCACACUUCCUGAACGCCCUGAACGGCCGCGGCGCCCGAGGCUUCCUCCAGACAUUCGCCGAUGCUCGGAGAUUUUUCCGGCUCCUGUCGGUCCGAUUUGUCGCCUCUAUUCUGCCUUCGUCUUCAGGGCGCCCGCCAAGGGGGCCCCCGCCUACGUCUUCAUGCGGCCCGCGGCCGCGUCGCUGAACGCGCUGGUGGCGCUGCUGGCGCUCGGCGCCAUGCACCCGAAGGAGGUGCUGCUCAUGCGGCCCUACGAGCUGCUGCAGCAGGAGGAGGUGAGGCAGGCCGACGGCAUGGAGAGGCUGGAGGAGGAGUGCAAGACGCGGUCUGUGCGGUCCAUGAGCUACUCCCUCGCCUCGCUGCUGGGGAGCAUGCCCGUGGGCGUGCUGAUCAACUCGCGGCUCAUAGUGACCAACUCGACCGAGCUGAAGGAGACGACUCCGCGAGACUUCGACGAGAAGUUUCGCCAGAACUGCGCGAUCCCGCCGCUGUAUGCCCCGGAGGCGCGCCGGGCGGAGUCCCUGGCUCGUGUAUACGUCGGCGCCGAGAUGCGAACCUUACCGUUGAAGGAAAAAACCUUUGCAUUCAGAGUUGGGGGACCACUUCGAAAACCCCCUCCCCCGCACCCCCCACGCCUCAAUAUUGAGCAGUCGGUGCCGGAGAUGAGCGGCCGGAAAAAAAUGAACCAGAGAUCUCGAUCGCAAUGCGUUCCAGUAUCAAGGACGGGGGUUUGGGGGAGGAGGGGAUUCGUUUCGUUGUCGUCGGAGCGUUGUUGAUGCAAUUUGGU